UUACCCCUCCGUCGUUGACGGUGGGGCGCCUGCGCAGUGUCGUCACGGGUAGUUGACGUGAAGAAGUGUCAGAGGACCCGCAGCACAUUUUUAAACACUUGAUGACUCUCUGGUGUUACAUGAACAUUAGUGCGCGGCUGUAGCGGCGGCCGUGUUGAGAAGCCAUGCGGCGGAGUAAGGCUGAAGUGGACCGUUACGUCUCCUCCGUACAGAGUUCCUCUCCCUCGCUCAAAGAGAAGCCAGUCAAGGGGUUUUUAUUUGCUAAAUUGUAUUUUGAAGCAAAGGAAUACGAGCUUGCUAAAAGACAUGUGUCAGAAUAUCUCAAAGUCCAGCAGAGGGAUCCUAAAGCACACAAAUUCCUCGGACAGCUCUACGAGAGAGAGGGAGACAUCUGCAAGGCAGUAGGAUGUUACAAGCGAUCAGUGGACUUGAACCCAGCCCAGAGGGACCUGGUGUUGAAGGUGGCUGAGUUACUGGUCAGUCAGGAGGAAUGUGAUAGCAGAGCAGAAUUCUGGGUGGAGAAAGCUGCAAAGCUGCUGCCAGGAAACCCUGCUGUCUUCAACCUGAAGGAGCGCCUGUUGAGUCGUCAGGGUCAGCAGGGUUGGAACCGGUUGUUUGACCUCCUCCAGGCUGAGCUGGCAGCAAGGCCUGGUGAUGCACAUGUGAACGUAAAGCUGGUUCAGCUCUUCUGUCAGGAUGGUCGACUGGAUGAAGCUGUCAAGCAUUGCCUCGCUGCUGAGAAAAAGGGCAUGCUAAGCCACAGUCUGGACUGGUACACAGUGGUGGUGCGCACACUGCAGGAAUAUUUGGCUCAGGCCAGUGUUUCUAGUAAUGAAAAGAUGUGUCGGCGUCUCCAGAGGGACCUUCUAUUGGCCCACUGCAACCUGCUGAGAAUCACACUGUCUGAGAGCAGUGUGCAACCCAGCUGUGAUGCACUCAAAAGUUUUGAUCAAGCUAUGCAGACACUGAGCAGCAUUGCCAGCUGCCACACAGAUGAUCUUUGUGAGGUGUUUGUGGAGAUGAGAGGUCACCUCUACCUUCACGCAGCAACACUGCUGUUGAAGCUGGCUCAGGACCGCCAGCAGACCUGGAGGGUUGUCAUUGACAUGGCUGCACUGUGCUACCUGCUAGCAUACCAGGUCCCCAGACCAAAGCCUAAAGUGACCAAAAGAGACCAGUCAGCCCUACCACUUCUAGAGCUGCUGGCCAAUGAUCGACAGAGUCAGGCGGGACACAUGUUGCUCAAUCUGAGCACCGAUUCAUCCAUCUUAAUUAGAGAGGUGGUGGAGGCAUUUGGAAACCGCAGUGGUCAGGAUUCACUGUUUGACCUGCUAUUUGGACCCCAGGCCUCCGCCAGAUCUUCAUUUAUUGCCAAUGAUGACAUUCAUUCCAUCAACACCAUGGGUCCAGAGCUCUCUCAACUGGCUAAAUGGGACACUGGCUCCAUCCUUCUUCAUGGUGGUGACCUGCAACAUCUGAGCUGGUUGGGGCUACAGUGGACUCUUUUGGCUCAAAGACCAGCACUGAGAGAUUGGCUAGCGCAGCUCUUUCCAAGACUUACCCUGGAAACCUCCAAACUAGACACAAAUGCACCAGAGUCCAUCUGCCUGCUGGAUCUGGAGGUGUUUUUGUAUGGUGUGGUGUUCUGUAGCCACUGUCAACUCCAGGAGACAGCUAAAAUCAGCAGUGGAUUGAACCAGCAGCACCAACAGCAGCUCUAUGAGCCUCGCUGCCUUCCACUUCCUCUCUUUCGCCUCCUGACUACUGACAGACAGAGGGAGUGGUGGGACGCCAUCUACAGCCUUAUUCAUCAACGGGCAGCCCCCGGCAUGUCUGGCAAGCUACGAAUGAUUGUGCAACAUGGACUGAGCACUCUGAGAGCCGGAGAGAAACAUGGGCUUCAACCAGCACUGGCCAUCCACUGGGCACAGUGUCUCAGCCAGACGGGUGAUGGAGUGAACUCAUACUACGACCAAAAGGAGUACAUCGGUCGGAGUGUCCACUACUGGAAAGUCGUCCUCCCACUGUUUGAAAGGAUCAAAAACAGACGUGGCAUACCCGAACCCCUCGACCCCCUCUUCAUACACUUUCCCUCUAAAGAUAUUCAGAUUUCUUCUGUGAAGGGUUAUGAAGAGGAAUUCAAGAUAGCAUACGCAGCUCUUCUUGACAUUGAGGGCAGGACAGAGGAGGCCAUCGCUACUUUGGAAACCAUUAAUAACAUGUCAUCCAUCUGGCAUUUGGCUCAGAUCUACCAGCGGCUGUCAGAGGAGGCCAGUAAUGGGGUUGAGGAGACCCAAGACAGGUGCAUUACUUUCCUGAGGAAGUUCAGGACCUAUCUGUCUAAGAUCUACAAUGCCAAUGCUGAUGACAUUGAGAAGCUCCCUGUGUCCAUGGAGGAAGUUGUCGACCUCCUGAAUGAUGUGAACCAGCAGCUGGGGGAGAGUGGAGAGGCCAUAGAUGAAGAGGAGGAGAAAGAGGAGGGUGAAAGAGGACCAGCACACUCUAGUCCUGCUCAUCCCAUAGAAACCAGUGCCACAAUAUCCCACAUUAAGUUCUCCACUCCCUCUCCAAACAAAAGCAUAGUCUCUCCUUCCAAAAGACUGAUUUCUCCCAAGACACAACCUCAUUGGGUGGAAGACCAAAAAAGUCUCCUUCAGAUGCUGUGUCAGCAAGUUGAAGCCCUUAAGAAUGAAGUACAUGAUCUAAAGCACAACUCUUCAGGUAAUGCAGGCUCUCCUCAUCAUAAGAUGUAUGGGGAGAGCUAUGGGGCUGAGGGCCUACAGGAGUCUUUUACCCCAGUCCAGUCGUACCAUGGGGCCCCCCUAACAGUUGCCACCACAGCCCCCUCUGUGUACUACAACCAGUCUCCAGCUUAUAACUCUCAGUAUCUCCUGCGCACAGCAGCAAAUGUAACCCCCACCAAGGGCCCAGUGUAUGGUAUGAACCGUAUGCCACCUCAGCAGCAUAUGUAUGCAUACCAGCCGCCCACUCAUACCCCUCCAUUGCAAACAGCCCCACCCUGCAUUUACCCUCCUCAAGAACAGGUCUUUGGCACCCCUCUGCGAUUUGAAUCACCAGCCACAAGCCUUCUUUCCCCAUACAGUGAAGAAUACUAUGGCCAGAGUGUAACCCAACAAACCACUAACCCUCCUCUACCCGAACCUGGUUACUUCACCAAACCAUCUGUAGUCCCCGUUCAGCCACCAAAGAGUUUAGAGGGGAAGCCUAUGGACUUUGGGAAGCUGUCCUUCAGCCAACAGGUGCCUGCUGAAGUCCCCAAAGUGCCUAGUUUUGGAGCAGGGGCAGUUGCCCAGUCAACACCUUCACCUUCGUUCAAAUUCAACUCCAACUUUAAAUCCAAUGAUGGAGAUUUCACUUUCUCUGCUUCUCAGGCUAAGCACAGUGAAAGUCUGCUUGGUCUCCUUACAUCUGACAUUCCCUGUAAAACAGAUACUGUUCCAGAGAAGACUCCCUCUCAGGAGCAGCCUACUAGCCAAACAGGCAUUUUCACCUUUGGUUCCAAAAGUGCUACUAGCUUUUCCUUUGCUGAUACUGCAGAGAGUACCAGCACUGGAAGUCUGUUUGGAAAAGUGGACCAGCCAUUUAAAUUUGGGGAUUCUGACACUACCAAGCCAGUGUUUGGGUUGUCCAGUUAUGCACCAGAGGCAGAAAAAGCAGCAGAGAGUGACAAUGACAGCACUCAUGUUGAUGAGGAUGAGGAUGGCCCUCAUUUUGAACCCAUUGUACCUCUUCCUGAUAAAGUAGAUGUGAAAACGGGUGAGGAAGAGGAGGAGGAGAUGUUUUGCAACAGGGCAAAGCUUUACCGAUUUGACACAGAGACAAAAGAGUGGAAGGAGCGAGGUAUUGGCAAUGUUAAAAUACUAAAACACAGCACUAAGGGGAAAGUCCGCCUCUUAAUGAGAAGGGAACAGGUCCUCAAGAUUUGUGCCAAUCACUACAUCACUGCCGAUAUGCUACUGAAACCGAAUGCAGGCUCUGACAAAUCCUGGGUCUGGAAUGCCAUUGAUUAUGCAGAUGAAGAGCCUAAGCCAGAGCAGCUGGCCAUCCGCUUUAAAACAGCAGAUGAGGCAUCACUUUUCAAAUCCAAGUUUGAGGAAGCACAGAAAAUUGUACUCGAAUCACCAGAAGAGCACAGUCAAGUAGAGAGUAAAGAGGAGAGCAUCAAAGAUUCUGAAUCACUGGCAGCCCAAUUUGGACUUAAACAAGGUGAAUGGGAAUGCAGUGGGUGCUGUGUAAGAAAUAAACCCACAGAUAUGCGAUGUGUUGCAUGUCAAACCGCCAAUCCCAAUGCUUCAUCAAAACCAGACAUUCAGGCUGCUGGUGAAACCAAAGGGAGUCCAUUUACUUUCAAGUUUGGGACAGAUUCAUCAAAACCCAGUAGUUCUGGCUCUACAUUUACUGGAUUUGGUGCUUUUGGAGCUUCUGUACCCUCUUCAUUUACAUUUGGGACCAGUUCCUUAAAACCUGCUGACACAGUAUCAAGUGCAUUUGGUUCUAGCUUUGUAGCUCAGUUUGGAAUGAAACCGGGGCAGUGGAACUGUGACAAAUGUUCUGCAAGAAAUGAGGCCUCUUCAGACAGUUGUGUUUCUUGUAAUGCUCUAAAAGCCUCAGCUAAAACAACUGCUGAAGCACAGACCACACUGCCUGCAGAUGCACCUGAAGUGAAGCCCUCUACAUGUUCUGUGGACUCUGGGUUUGGUGCCCAGUUUGGAAAGAAGCCUGGGCAGUGGAAUUGUGAUAUAUGCGAAGUAAUAAAUGAAGCCUCUGCUAACAAAUGUGUUGCCUGUAAUAGCCCAAAUCCUUCUGCUAAAUCAACAGAGGGGCCUCCAGUAGCAUCAAAUCUGCCAGCAGUGCCAGGAUUUGGGUCUGGUUUUGGAAAGAAGGACGGACAGUGGGACUGUAAUGACUGCCUGGUCAGAAAUGAUGCAUCAGCUACUGAAUGUGUUUCCUGCCAUGCCCGAAAUGAAAAUCCCUCUUUAGAAACCAUGUUUGCCAGAAAAGAUGGGGACUGGGACUGUGACACUUGUCUAGUGAGAAACGAUGGCUCUGCCAAUAAGUGUGUGGCUUGUCAGACACCAAACCCCAACGCUAAAAUCACAAGCAACGCUGCUCCCACAGCCUCCAGCUUCAACUUUGCCUUUGGAACCAAGAGUUCAUCAAGUCAGCCACCUUCAACACGAUUCACAAUUCCAUUUGGAGCCAGCAGCACUUUCCAGUUUGGUCAAAACAAAGAUAAAACCCCUGCAGAUUCUUUCAAGUUUGAAACUCCUCAGUCUGGAUCUAGUAGUACAAGUGCUUCAGGCUUUUCUUUCUCAAUGCCCAUUCCAGGUGGUGGCUUCAAGUUUGGUAUUCAGGACACUGCCUCAACUGAUGAUCCAACUCCUCCAUCAGGGUCAGCCUCCAGCUUUCUUAAAAGCAUUGCUGAAAAACAUAAUGAGAAACACGAUGUGUCUUCACCUUCAGAAGAACACACGGAAGAAGACCAAAACCCAUUAUUUACUGGAAAACCCAAUACAUUCAGUUUUGCUGACCUGGCAACAUCGUCUGGAUCAGACUUCCAGUUUGGCGAGAAGGACCCAAAUUUUAAAGGUUUCUCUGGAGCCGGUGAACAGAUGUUUUCAUCGUUUCAGGCAACUCCUACUAAGACGAAUGCCGCUAAUGAACUGGAGGAUGACGACAUGUAUAAAACAGAGGAAAAUGAUGAUAUUCAAUUUGAACCAGUGGUUCAGAUGCCUGAUAAGGUGGAUCUGGUGACAGGAGAAGAGGAUGAACUGGUUCUUUAUUCUCAGCGUGUCAAACUGUUCAGAUUUGACACCAACACCAGUCAGUGGAAAGAGCGUGGUGUAGGAAUCCUCAAAUUCCUGAAAAACAACACUAAUGGCAGACUCAGGGUGCUCAUGAGAAGAGAGCAGGUUCUGAAGGUGUGUGCCAACCACUGGAUCACCACCACCAUGAAUCUUAAGCCCUUGGCAGGCUCAGAUAAAGCAUGGAUGUGGAUGGCCAAUGACUUCUCUGAUGGAGAUGCUAAACUUGAACAGUUAGCUGCCAAGUUUAAGAGCACAGAGCUUGCUGAGGAUUUUAAAGUGAAGUUUGAUGAGUGUCAGAGACUUCUUUUGGACAUCCCCUUGCAAACCCCCCACAAGCUUGUUGACACAGGCAGGACAGCACAUCUCAUUAAGAAAGCAGAGGAAAUGAAGUCUGGUUUGAAAGACCUGAAAUUCUUUUUGACAGAUGAGAAACCAAAGAUCAAAGAUGAUGACAAACAGGGAGAUAUUACAACAUCCAGCAAUGUUUCAGGCCUUGUAAUCAAGGCUCACAGUGAAACCACUGGUCCCACCUUGGAGUGGGAUAACUACGACCUACGAGAAGAGGCUUUAGAUGAUACUGCUGACUUAUCAGGCUAUGCCUCUCCCAUCGCUAGUAGCCCCUUGAGAAAGAACCUGUUUCGCUUUGGAGAAUCCACUAGUGGGUUCAGCUUCAGCUUCCAACCUGGCAUCAGCCCAUCUAAGUCUCCUGCUAAGCCUAACCAGAGCAGAACGUCAGUUGGUACUGAUGAUGAGCAGGAUGUAACCCAGGAUGAGGAGAGGGAUGGCCAGUACUUUGAGCCUGUAGUCCCUUUGCCUGAUCUGGUGGAGAUUUCAACAGGAGAGGAAAAUGAGCAGGUAGUCUUCAGUCACAGGGCCAAACUGUAUCGCUAUGAUAAGGAGCUGGGUCAGUGGAAGGAAAGGGGAAUUGGGGACCUCAAGAUCUUGCAGAAUUAUACCACCAAACAAGUGAGGUUGAUAAUGAGGAGAGACCAGGUACUUAAGAUCUGUGCCAACCACUGGAUAUCAGCAGCCAUGAAGCUGGAGCCUAUGAAAGGAGCUGAGAAGGCCUGGGUUUGGAGUGCCAUGGACUUUGCUGAAGAAAGAGAGGGUAAUAUUGAGCAGUUGGCUGUGAGAUUCAAGCUGCAGGAUACUGCAAACGCAUUCAAACAAGUCUUUGAAGAUGCCAAGGUCGCUCAAGAAAAAGAGGAACUUCUGACUCCAGUGACCUCGGUAGUUCCAACAUCUCCAGACCCUGCAGCCGCAGGAUCUGCAAAGACUGCAACGGCUGUAUGUGGGAAGGCAGCCAUUGCUGUUCUAGAGGAGACCACAAAAGAACGUACAGAGCUUUUCCCCGACAUUAAGCCAUGUUCACCCAGGUCUCCCGGUCCAGGCAUCUCCUCAAAGACGGUGGUGUCUCCUCCUAAGUUUGUCUUUGGCACUGAUAGCCUUCAGAAGAUUUUUGGCUCUCCGAAAUCUCCCUCUGAGGGUGAGGAAUCUGCAUCUGGUUUGAAAGCCAAAGAUGCUGGACGACCAACAAAUGCAUCACCUGCAUUCAAAAUCCCAGAGAAAGGGCCCUCACAGGCAGAAGAAGGUGGUGCAGUGUCGGAUGAGGACUCAGAAGUGGAGAUUGUGUAUGUCAGGGAGCCCACUGCUGAACAGGCCGCUUUAGCCAGGAAGCUCCUGCUGCCCCUCACCUUCUUCUGCUACCAGAAUGAACCAGGAUACAUCAGUGAUGAUCAAACUGACGACGAGGAUUAUGAGUCAGCAGUGAAAGCCUUGAAUGGAAAGCUUUACCCGGAUGCUCCUGAGCAAGGGGCUUCAGCGUGUAGCAAUGCCCUUAUAUUGUGUGUGCUGCCUUCAGAGCCAGACUGCCAGGUGGUGUGGGAGAAGAAGCCGACGCCGCAGGAAGAGGAGAAGGCCAAAAGCCUCUUGCUUCCACCCACUUUCUUCUGCGGCCUGAGCACCACAGACAGUGAUACAGACCACGACAAGACUGAGGACUUCGAGACAGAAGUCCGCAAGGCACAGCAAGACCUGGAUGCCCAGUUAAAUGAAGGAGCAAAAGCCUCCAGCAGCUCUGCAGUUGCCCCAGAAGAGCAGACACCAGCUCCGUCAUCCAGCAGUUCAGACACUGCAGGCAACACAUCUACACCACAGGAGCCGACCUCAGAGCAGCCAGUGGAGACUAGUAGUCAAGCUCCCAGCAGCAGCAGCAGCAGCUGUCCCAUCGACCUAUCAACAAAGAAGAGCUCAGAGCCGGAGUCCAACACUGAGGCAACAGCUUCUACCACUUCUUCUAAAACUGGUCAAGACUUCUCCACCUUUGGCUUCAACGAUGUUAGUGGCUUCUCAUUUGCUGACUUGGCCCAAACCACAGAAGGUUAUGCAUUCGGAUCUCAAGACACCAACUUCACGUGGGCAAAUGCUGGAGCUUCAGUGUUUGGGUGUGCAGUGCCCUCAGCACCAAAAAAUACUGGCGAGGAGGAGGGCACUGAUGAUGAGGCUUCAAGCAAUGUGGACAUUCAUUUUGAACCAAUAGUGUCUCUACCAGAGGUGGAGACAAAGUCUGGAGAGGAGGACGAGGAAAUCCUGUUUAAGGAGCGUACCAAGCUGUACCGAUGGGACCGGGACCUUGGUCAGUGGAAAGAGCGCGGAAUAGGUGACAUCAAGAUCCUCUAUCACCCGUCCAAACAUUUCUACCGAAUCCUGAUGCGACGAGAGCAAGUGCUGAGGGUUUGUGCAAACCACCACAUCACUCAGGCGAUGGAGCUCAAACCUAUGAACGCCUCAGCUAACUCGCUGCUAUGGACCGCUACCGACUACUCAGAUGGCGAUGGUGCAGUGGAGCAACUGGCAGCCAAGUUCAAAACCCCUGAGAUAGCCGAAGCUUUCAAGAAGACAUUCUGUGAGUGUCAGAGCCGAAUAGGCCUGAGCAGCGACGAUGCCUCGUCUGUCCUUUCGCCACAGAUGUCUAGAAUUCAAGAGCACUCCAGAGACAGUAACCCACAGGUGUUCCUCAAAGUGUCAGCCGACAACCAAACACUGGGCACCAUCACCAUAGAGCUUUUCUCCCAUAUUGUGCCCAAGACAGCAGAAAACUUCAAGGCUCUCUGUACCGGGGAGAAAGGCAUCGGACUGCGGGACUCCAUCUUCCACAGAAUCAUACCGGACUUCAUGUGUCAGGGUGGUGACAUCACAAACAGUGACGGCACAGGAGGCAUGUCCAUCUACGGCAGCAAGUUUGAGGAUGAGAACUUCGACGUUCGGCAUACGGGCCCAGGUAUCCUGUCGAUGGCAAACCGCGGGCGAGACACCAACAACUCCCAGUUCUUCAUCACCCUGAAGAAAGCUGAACACCUGGACUUCAAACACGUGGCUUUUGGUUGGGUGCGGGAAGGCAUGGACGUGGUGCAGCAGAUGGGAGGGCUGGGCACGAAGGGAGGCGUGCCCACAAAGAAGUUGGUCAUCACAGACUGUGGACAGCUGUAGUUUUUUAAUGUUCAGUUCAGGUCAGAAAGUCGAUACAGGACUUUGGAAAAUGAUGUGUUCCCUCUGUGGUUCUUUCUCUCCUGCUAAAACUCAAUCCAUGCUCAUCACAGGACGACUGGUCAAAACCUGACUCCAGUGGCCCUGAACUAAAAAUGAUAUUGCUUUAGAAAUUAUUUAAACAAAAAUAAUUUCUAUUAACAUGGUGUUGUACUAUGUGGGAGCAGAAUUGUAUAUUGUUUCUGUGUUGCACUUGCAUCUUUGUCAUCAUCUGUCAAUAAAUACUCCAUAAUUUGUUUA